GUCUUCUAAACGUUAACGACUCUUCACACGGUUUCGAAUGGACAUGCACAGCUGGCAAUAGAAAUCAUAAGAAGAAAUAUCCAAUGUACUGGUUCUUUGAUCAGAAACAAAAAGAAUGUCAUCAAAGAUGUACAGGUCUAGACACUACAGAAUUGAAAACAAUUCCAAGCAACAAGCAUCUUGUUAGAUUAGCUUCCAAGUUUGGAAUUACUUUAUUUGGUGAAUUCAUCAUUCACAUGGGAUUGGAAACACAGGAAUAUUGCAAUAUACAACACCAGUAUGAAGCUAAUGGAGUACAUAGUGUUAUGUUCAUGGCAUUGGUAAAAUGUAUGAAAGACAUUGAAGCUAAACUGAAACGCCCAUCGUUGAAACCCAUUAGAGAUGCUCUGAUAGCAGUUAACUUGAACCAUCAUUUCCUAUGCCAGAUAUUCAGGGAAGACACUAGCCUGAAUGAUGUGUCUGAAAGCCGUCUGCAAAGCACUGUUGAUGAUGAUGUUUUAACAGAGCUACCAAAACAUAUUGGCAAUUGUGUUAUACACCUCGGAAUAGAAUUGGGACUUACUGUAGAAGAUAUAGAGGCAACCAUGUACAAUUACCCAAAAGAUAUGUACAGCCAAAUUGCAUCUGUACUACGCAUAUGGAAAACCUCAAGUCAGACUCCAACAGUUUUUGCUCUUAUGAAGGCACUGCAGCAUGUAAAAUCUGGUGGACUGACUUAUCUAUGUCAAAGGUACAACGUUUGUACUGAGGACUGAGUCAUGUCCUGACUCAUUGGAGUGACAAAGCACUUUAGUCUGUAUGUCAUGUGUUUGUCAUGUUUGUAAUACUAAUAUGAAAAAUAAUACAUAAUAUAAUCUUUUUUUUUUAUUUAAUUAAGCUUAUAUUUUCAUCAUUGAACAAUCUGCGCUUGUGACUUCCCUUUAGUUAGUUUUUGGCCAUCUAGCUCCUCGAAUGUUAAAGUAUUUAUGCAUCAGUAUCUUUUAAAUGUUAUGGGAUAUUGACUGUUCAGGAUAGGAGUUAAUAAAAAAAAAGCUUCGAUCGCAUCAAAAUUUUUAAAUAUUAUUUUCAUUUUGUAGAAUUUUGCUAGACGCCUAACUUAUAUAUUAUAUAUUAUCUUUCAUUGUACAUGCUUUAUAGAUAGUUGUUACUUUCUUUCAAAGAUAAGAAUCCUUUUCUGAAUGAUAACUCAUAUGCAUCCACAACAUGAACUAUAAGUGAUCAACACUGUGUCUACGAAUGUUUCGUGAAGAAAAAGAGAACAAAAACAGAUUUUGUUUGAUAUUUAAAAAUAGUUCCUCUUGUUUACAUUUGUACGGUUUGUCUAUGAGCCUUUACACAAUCUUGCCGUUCUUAUACAACCGAAACGUAUCGAUGUCCGUGUCGAAAUAUAAAAUAAACUUGUGUAUUAAUUUAUUGUUAUUGAACAAAUGCAGACAUGUACGAAUAGAUAAUCAUGAUUGUUCUUGUUCAACUCUAAUUUGUGUGGGUUUAUUUGUAUUUUUUGUUUUGCUUUCUGUGCCCAUGAACUCAAAACAUGUAAUGUCAUCCUCACUAAGAUACGAAAACAACAAAUAAAAACAAAUAAAAACAAAACGUAAGAUUGAAAAAAAGAA